AUGGCCAUCCUGACCACCGCCAUUCUCGUGCUCUUGAUCGCCGCGACGACCGCCUUCCUGCUCCCUCAGCUUAUAGGCAGCGUGGUAGGGCUGGUUCUGCGCGGCGCGGGGUGGCUGAUCCGCCGACGCACUCGAUCUCGGCGUGAAUAUGUGAUCGCGCGGGCGCGAUCAGAUGAAGAGGAACUAUUAAAGACGCUGCGCGCAAAGAACUUGACACACUCACUGGCGCGGAGCUCGGCCGAGGAUGAGGAUUGGGAAAAGGUGGAUGAUACUGCUGGAUCUGGUGGAGUGAAGACGUCCAGCAGCAGUGACAGCGGUGUCGGUGACGGAGCAAAGAGACCGGAUGACUGGAAUGGAAUUAUCGGAUUCUUCCAUCCAUUCUGUAAUGCUGGUGGCGGUGGAGAGCGUGUACUCUGGGAAGCAGUGCGCGCAACACAGAAACGCUGGCCCAAGGCGAUAUGCGCUAUCUACACCGGCGACCAUGAAGUCAACAAAGCGACCAUGUUGGAGCGAGUCGAGAACAGAUUCAACAUUCAUUUGCAUGCUCCGACAGUGGUGCUCCUGUACUUGACCACCCGCAAAUACGUCGUCGCCAGCUCUUACUCACACAUGACGCUGCUGUUGCAGUCGUUGGGAUCGCUGGUUGUCGCAUACGACGCCUUUACACUCCUGGUGCCGGACGUAUUCAUUGAUACCAUGGGCUAUGCCUUUACGUUGGCACUAUGCAAAUGGCUCUUCCCUACCGUGCCAACUGGCGCUUACGUGCACUACCCGACUAUUUCCACGGAUAUGCUCGCAUCUCUCGACGACCAAAGCGGGAUCCAAGGUUUGAAUGCAGGAGCAGGCAAGGGGCUCAAGGGAACCGUUAAGCGACGCUACUGGCAACUGUUCGCCCAACUGUAUGGCUGGGUCGGCCGCCACGUCGACGUGGUCAUGUGCAAUUCCUCUUGGACUGCAGCCCACAUCCGCAAACUCUGGGGCACUGGCAAGGAUAAAGCCGGCAACGAUGCGACCACCGCUGGCAAGGGUACACCCUCCUCACCAGCCGUCGUGUUCCCUCCCACGGCAGUCUCAGAGCUAGAAUCCAGCAUCACCGUGGACGCCGAGAGUGAGAGGACCCGCCACCCGACACUGCUCUACAUCGCACAAUUCCGCCCAGAGAAGAACCACCCGCUCGUCCUCCGUUCGUUCGCGCGGUUCCUGCAAGAGCGUGCCCGCAACGCAGCAUACGCCGACCAACCGCAACCGCGACUGGUACUAAUCGGAUCCGUCCGCCACGCCAGCCCGGACGAAACCCACAUCUACAACCUCCGCCUGCUCGCACACGAGCUGCGCAUCCGCGACCAAACCACUUUCCUCUGCGACGCAAGCUGGCCCGCCGUACUAUCGCACCUCGGCACAGCCUCCGUCGGCGUAAACGCCAUGUGGAACGAGCACUUUGGCAUCUGCGUCGUCGAGUACCAAGCCGCGGGCCUGAUCUGCGUGACGCACGACUCCGGCGGUCCCCGUGAGGACAUCGUCGUGGACCUCGGCGACGGAGCGACUGGAUUCCGCGCCGAGACGGAGGAGCAAUUCGCGGCUGCCUUUGAGGCGGCGCUUGCACUGCCGGAGUCGGAGAAGGUUGCUAUGCGUUUGCGGGCGAGACGGUCAGCGCAGAGGUUUACGGAGGAAGAGUUCUCGCGGAAGUGGCUGGGACAGGUGCAGAAGUUGGUUGAGGCUUCGCGGUAG